UUUGACACGUGUGGAGGUGGAUGAUGACUUCGGACUGGAUCUACUGCAACUGUGAAAAGGCUGAUUGUGGGCAAAAAUUUCUCCCACUUCAUGGAGAUUUUUUUCUUUGCCGUCCAAUAUAAUAUUAAAAUAAAAAAGUUUACAUGGAUAAUAGAAUUUAGCACGUGGGGUAUGUUAGAAUUAAGACAGAGGAGCAGCUGAUGGCAACAUCAAGCAGUCAGGGAAAUCUGCAAAACCAUAGGCAUAGUAGGCCGUAGGCAGUAUAGUACCCUCCAUGGACCAUGCUCGGCACACUUUAUAUACGGUCUGGGGUUUUGUCUUUAACGUCUACGUUUGUUUCCAUUCAGCAUUUUCCUCUCGUUUUUAAAUUAUUCUCUUACUUCCCUUUUAAACCUUUUGUAUUUGCGUAACCUAUGUUUUUAGUUCCUCCUAAUUGAUCAGUUUUACGGUGAUAAUGGGUGUUUUUCUCGAAUGGGUCUCUGUGAUUCUGGUCCUUUGUAUGUUUGUUCCAAUACCCAUCUUCUCAGAUUCGACUUUCAGCUCCAAUGGUCUCUUAAAAACACCCUCAGAGUUGCUCAAUUUCGCCAAGAAACCAGAGGUGUUUGAUUGGAUGGUUGGAAUCAGGAGGAAAAUACAUGAAAAUCCUGAACUGGGUUAUGAAGAAUUUGAGACCGGUAAGCUGAUAAGAGCAGAACUAGAUAAACUGGGUAUCCCCUAUAAGUACCCAGUAGCGAUUACCGGUGUCAUCGGCCAUAUUGGAACCGGAAAACCGCCUUUUGUUGCGAUAAGAGCUGAUAUGGAUGCUCUAGCUAUGCAGGAAAAGGUGGAGUGGGAGCAUGAAAGUAAAAUUCCUGGAAAGAUGCAUGCUUGUGGACAUGAUGCACAUGUUGCGAUGCUUCUCGGUGCCGCGAAGAUCCUGAAAGAGCAUGAGAAAGAGCUACAAGGGACAGUUGUUCUUUUAUUCCAACCAGCUGAGGAAGGAGGUGGAGGGGCCAAGAAAAUUUUAGAAGCUGGUGCAUUAGAGAAUGUAAAUGCAAUAUUUGGGUUGCAUAUAUCAUCUAGAAUGCCACUUGGGGAAGCUUUCUCCAGACCUGGUCCAAUAAUGGCUGGAAGUGGCUUUUUUGAAGCAGUAAUAAGUGGUAGAGGCGGUCAUGCGGCCCUUCCUCAGCACUCAAUUGACCCAAUAUUGGCAGCUUCAAAUGUGAUUGUUGGCUUACAACAUCUUGUUUCGCGUGAAGCUGAUCCACUGGACUCACAGGUUGUGACAAUUGCUAAAUUCCAUGGAGGUGGUGCGUUCAAUGUUAUUCCAGAUUCUGUUACAAUUGGUGGCACUUUCCGAGCCUUUUCUAAGGAGAGUUUUGCUCAACUGAGACAACGUAUUGAGGAGGUUAUCACCUGGCAGGCUGCUGUUCAAAAGUGCAAUGCUACCGUGGAUUUCCUUGAAAACGAGAAACCCUUCUUCCCUCCUACCAUAAACCAUGAAAAGUUGCAUGAACACUUCCUGAAGAUAGCAGGUGAAAUGCUUGGCCGUGAUAAAGUUAAAGAUUUGCAACCAACGAUGGGUACAGAAGAUUUUGCAUUCUACCAAGAGGUUAUUCCCGGAUACUACUUCUACCUUGGAAUGGAGAAUAGAGCAAUUGAAAAGCUUGAAUCAGCACAUUCACCUUACUACCAAGUCAAUGAAGAUGUACUUCCUUAUGGUGCUGCACUCCACACUUCGUUGGCUGCUAGCUAUCUGUUUAAAUUCCAACAGGAAGUUCCUUCACAAUCACAAGAAGUAAAAUAUCAUGAUGAAUUGUAAUGGGUUUUCCAUUACAACCUUAGAGUGUUUAAGUAAACAACAUUUCCAAGCUCACUUAAUCUUGCUACCAUGCCAGACUCAUAUCCAUUCUCCAUAAACUGUAAAUUUGACCUGUUUAUCUUUUUUUCUAAUAUCCUAUUUGCAUAUUACAUUUUUAGGCUGAGUGGAGUCUAUGAACUUGAACAUCUUGAGGAUAAACAGCAAUUCUCUAGUGAAGUGAUUGUACCCAUUCGUUAAUACCUAAAGCAUGAAUUCAUUUUUGUACAAAUAGUUUAUCUGUUUUGAUUUGAAUAAACCACCCACUAGUACCAAAUGAAUGAAA